GUGUUCCUGGAUGCCGACAAUAACAAGCUCCGCCGAAAUGCGUCAGUCGUAAAGAUUUAGUGAUAAAUAAAACGACUGUAUUUUUGUGUCUUUUUCAAAACAACGCACGUGCCAUCGUAUGUGAAAACCAGUACUCUUAUUUUCCAGUCUCGAGCCAGCUGCGUUAAACUCCGGAGUGAAAUAAAUACAUCUAUAUUUACAUAUUUCUCCGGCAACACGAAUCGGUGGGUUUUUGUUUGUUUGUUUGUUUGUUUAUUUGUGCGGGGAUGGAGAUGUCUAAAGCGGAGCGGCUGAACGAGCGCGUGAGCGAGCUGCUGACGGCGGCGGUGCAGCGCGUGCUGGAGGCGGUGCGGGACACGGUGCGGGAGUACGAGGAGAAGAGCGCGCAGACGCAGAGGGAGAACGAGAGACUGCGGAGGAGAGUGCAGGAGCUGCAGGACCAGCUGGACAGGGACACCGCAGUUUCCCACAUCACUGCCCAGCUCACUGUUUCUCCUCCUCCCACUUCGUCUGGCCAGAAGAAACCGUCAUGCAGUCGUCAGUCGGACACGAUGGCACCGAAAGACAAGCCGUGUUUCAAAGAGGAACCUCCCAAUGACGCGCAAAACGGUUUGUUUCCCGCCGAAAUAAAAACUGAAAUGGAACAGUCAGACUAUCCAGCUGCAGAGGAACCCGUGCUGGAACCCGUUCUCCAAAACACCUACUUCCCCUGCGCACAUUUGCAGUACCACGCGUCUCAGAGCGAGCCGGACUUCCCUGCAGCGCCUCCCUGCAACAACGCGGACACUCUGGACACCUUCGUGGAGCAUUUCCCCUUCGAGGAAGACGGCUGGAGACAGCAGAGCCGGGACGAGCGCCACGUCUGCCUUCUGUGUGGGAAAAACUUUAACCGACUCGCCAACCUCCGCAUCCACCAGCGCUGCCACACGGGGGAGAAGCCGUACACGUGCUCGCACUGCGGCCGGCGCUUCAGCCACAGCGGAAACCUGCAGAAACACAAGCGCGUGCACACGGGCGAGAGGCCGUACCAGUGCCCGCAGUGCAGCAAGAGCUUCUGCCAGUCCAGCCAUCUGAAGAAGCAUCAGAUGGUCCACACGGGCCGACACGUCACCGUCGCCCGGAGGAACAUGGAACUCUGAAGGAACCUCGAAGUGUCAAAAGUAACCGUAAACUGCAAAUCCAGUCAAGUUUGUGUCACUUUUUUCGUUCUGGCUCCGCCCACUGCACUGUUCUGAUGCUGAAAAUUCGUUCAAAGCUCACAAAUUGUGAUCGUGUUUCUUAACACGUAAAACCUUAACACAGUGUUCACAAGGCUACAUAACACCUACAUAAGCCCUUCCUGACAACGGUCACAAGCCUGCAUGUAUAAAACCUUAUUCUAACAAAACUGUGGUCUUUCAUUUUAACGCUACGUGACACCGAUUUUUUUUGUUGUUGUUGAUAUAAGGUCAUUAUUAUACAUUCUGAAACUAUUUGGCGCCUUAAGCUCAAACUUGGAUGCACAGAAGUUUGCACGUGUGCUAUAUUUCUACGUACGUACAAGUGAUCUUGCACAAAAAAUGUCCAAUGGCGUUAAUUCGGCUGAAGAAGAAGCGCUGCUCUUUAAAAACUUUUUUAAUAUUGUUUGUGUAUGUUAAGUCAAGCUACUUGAUUUAAAACAUUAGUGACACCUCAUUACUAAAAAUCGUUGAUAGCUAGCAGUUUGAAAAAUGCAGAAAACUCAUCGAGGUUUAACGUUUGCAGUUUUCCACGUGAGACUCUUCACGUGUCAAUGUUCUCGUUACGCCGACUUACAUACGACAAGCUGACUUCGUAGCUCAGUGAUGUAACGAAACCUCACCGCAGAAAAAUCUCGUAAACUGUAAAUUAAAUUCUAAACAUUAACGGUUAUUAACGUUUGAGCAUUAUUAAUACAUCUUUUAUGAAAAUUUUUGCAUUUACCAAUGUUUUAAAGUCUCUUCUUCUCUGAUGUUCUUUGGCUAAUUAAAGGUGGCUGAAACGAA